CUCUCAUGUGGCAUCGACAAACUACUAUAUAUGCACAUACCCAAAGCUAAAACUGUGUCAACGUGCAAAGCAGCCAGCUUUAUUAGCAAAGAAGACAAAAGAUAUGGCUACUACUCCCGGAAUUCUCACCGACUGGCCAUGGACUCCUCUUGGAAGCUUUAAGCAUGUGGUCGUGGCUCCUUGGAUCAUUCAUGGUGCAUACUCGUAUUUUGUUAACGAUGAGAAAGAUAAAGAUCUAUCUUAUUUCCUCAUAUUUCCAUUUAUGCUGUGGAGGUUUCUCCACAACCAGUUAUGGAUCUCUCUUUCUCGAUAUCGGACGGCCAAGGGCAAUGGCCGGAUUGUUGACAAGGGUCUUGAAUUCGAGCAAGUCGACAGAGAAAGAAACUGGGAUGAUCAAAUAUUGUUCAAUGCAAUUCUAUUAUAUCUGGGGAGACACUUACCUGGGGCUGUAAACCUGCCAUUUUGGAGGACAGAUGGAGUUAUUCUAACGAUUCUACUUCAUGCCGGUCCAGUGGAGUUUCUCUACUACUGGCUCCACAGAGCACUUCACCACCAUUUCCUAUACUCUCGCUACCACUCACAUCACCAUUCCUCCAUUGUCACUGAGCCAAUCACUUCUGUGAUUCACCCAUUUGCGGAGCACAUCUUAUAUUUCACACUCUUUGCUAUACCAUUGAUGACAACUAUACUCACCGGAACAUCUUCUAUCGUAAGCUUUGCUGGUUAUGCAACUUAUAUCGACUUUAUGAACAACAUGGGACAUUGCAAUUUUGAGCUCAUUCCAAAGUGGCUCUUCACUAUUUUCCCUCCUCUCAAGUAUCUCCUUUACACCCCAUCAUACCAUUCUUUGCACCACACGCAAUUCAGGACCAAUUACUGUCUCUUCAUGCCAAUCUACGACUACGUAUAUGGCACCAUGGACAAAUCAAGCGAUCCACUUUAUGAAACUUCACUCAAGAGGGAGGAGGAAUCGCCAGAUGUCCUCCAUCUAACCCAUCUAACCACACCCGAGUCCAUCUAUCAUCUACCGCUAGGAUUUGCUGCCUUAGCCUCUAGGCCCUACACAAGGACGUGGUACUUGUGGCUGAUGUGGCCUGUGACAUUGUGGUCAAUGAUGAUAACUUGGAUCCACGGCCGUACAUUUGUUAUCGACAGGCACCGCUUUGACAAGCUCAGAUUACAGACUUGGGCUAUUCCCAAGUACAGUUUGCAAUACUUUGUGCAAUGGCAAAAUGAAGCUAUCAAUGGUUUGAUUGAGGACGCCAUACUUGAAGCAGAGGAAAAGGGUGUCAAGGUUUUAAGCCUCGGUCUCUUAAAUCAGGGUGAGGAUUUGAAUAGAUACGGCGGUCUCUACAUUCAAAGGCAUCCACACCUAAAAAUCCAGGUGGUGGAUGGAAGUAGCUUGGCUGUGGCAGUAAUCCUAAACAGCAUUCCAAAAGAGACAACCCAAGUUUUUCUUAGAGGCAAACUCACAAAGGUUGCUUAUGCCAUUGCCCAUGCUUUGAGCCAGAAGGGUGUCCAGGUAGCUACAUUAUAUCAGACUGAGUAUUUGAAGCUCACCAAAUCACUAGGCACUGAAAGUAAUUUGGUUGUUGCAAAAAGUUAUGCCCAAAAGAUAUGGUUAGUGGGUGAUGGACUGACCGAGAAAGAACAGAUGCGUGCACCAAAAGGAACAUUAUUUGUUCCCUUCUCACAAUUCCCACCCAAAAAAUUGCGCAAGGACUGCUUCUAUCACUACACUCCAGCAAUGAAGACUCCCACAUCUUUUGAGAAUGUUCACGCUUGCGAGAACUGGUUGCCAAGAAGGGUGAUGAGUGCAUCGCGAGUAGCAGGAAUAGUGCAUGCCUUGGAAGGUUGGAAGGAGCAUGACUGUGGUUACACCAUGUCCAACAUCGACAAAGUUUGGCAAGCAAGUCUUGUGCAUGGGUUUCAGCCUCUGACGACCAGUACCAUUCACACCAAAAUUCAGUGAUCUGCAGAUUAAUAUUUAAAAAAAAAAGAAAAAGAAAAAGAAAAAAAAAAGUUACUUAGUGCACAUCUAUCUUAUAAUAUUUAUGCAUGAUUAUCCCUUGUUUCAGUUGCGUUAUAAUGUGGUAAUGCUUGCUAUAUUUCUAUAAACAGCUAGCUAGAUGUUAUCAUUGUAUCAUAUUGUUGUUUAUGAGUAUUUCUAUAUUAUAUAAAUGGAUAUCACUUUGGAACUA